GGGUUGGAGGAGGUGUUGCACUCACAAACAAUAUCGUGGAUGCUGAUCCCGGUGUCGGAAUUAUUGCGGGUCCAUUUGCAUGGGGAUUUUCUCUCUUGGUAAACGUUUGGGUCUGGGGUCCAAUUUCGGGCGGAGUGCUUAAUCCUGCUAUUACCAUCGGAUUAAUGGUUACUAGAGAUUUUCAUCUCGUCAAAGGAUUCCUAUAUAUUAUUGCUCAAUUCUUAGGUGCUCUACUUGGUGCAUAUUUAAUUGAAAUUGUUCAACCUGGUCCAUCUGGCGGUGCCACCACUUUGGCUUCUGGAACCACGGCUAUGGAAGGAUUAUUACUAGAAACAUUUUGUACUUCAAUACUCACGUUUGCAGUGUAUAUGCUUGCUGUUGAAAAAAAUGCAGAUUGGGGUGCAGCAAUUGGUAUUGGAUGGGCUCUCUUUAUUUCUGGAAUCGCAGCCGGUCCAUAUACGGGUGCCAGUUUAAAUCCGGCAAGAACGUUUGGUCCAGCUUUGAUCACUGGAGAUUAUGGGACGGCAAACUGGAUCUAUUAUCUUGGUCCAAUCCUUGGUGCAUUAUUAGCUGCUGCACUCGUAACAUUAUUCAGGAAAUUGGAAUAUAAACCUAGAAAAGAAUUCAGAGAACCCAAAAAUAAAGCACCAGAACAUGACUAUGAUUUGACUUCCGAAGACAUUAAUCCGAUCGAAAUUAGAAGAGAUAAUUAA